AUGCCACCUCACGCUCCCGCAGUGCUGGAAUCGGAUCCGGAAAGUUCUAACCAUCAACGGCCUCAACCACCGCACGGAUAUUGGGCAGAAGAUGUCGAUGUCAGCAGUCAACUGCUCCCUCGCUCUGAACCACCACUCUCCGACGACGAGGAGGUCCCUGCUUCCCCCCCGUACAAACGACAAGCCAGCCGCUCCAACCUCACAGCGCGCGACGGAUCCCCGAGCCCAAGCUACCGCUCCCGCUCGGUGUGGAAUCCUGAUCGCAAGGACGGCUUCGCAGCCAACGACGAGCCGGACAGCGAAAAGGGGACUGACGACGAGGAUAACGACUCGGACUACGACUGGUUAGACGAGGACGAUCUGGUCGACGCUGAGGCCAAGUUCGAAGAGCGCAUGGGAGCACACGCAAAGCCGACAGGUUGGGGCAUGAAACGGCGCGUUCCUGUCACUUGCCGAUCAACAUUCUUAGCAGCCGUCCUGGUUGCGCCAGCUUUGAUCUUGCAUUUCUUCUGGUACAACAAGGACAAGUCCGAAUACCGACAUCGCGUUAUUCUGAACGUCCAGGCAUGGCUGUUCUGGGCUGCGGCGAAUUUGCUCAUCUCAUGGUAUCUUGCCAUGAUCGUUGACAUCGUCCCCUCUCUCGUGCGCCUGGUCAUUGCCGUCGCAUGGGGCCACGUCUCGGAGUACAUCAAGUCGCGGAUCGAGAUGUACAACUCGAUCAAGAAUACGCUCAAGCCGAUCCUGUACGCAGCGAGCGCCUGGGUCUCGUGGCUCAUCAUAUUCGACCACAUCUUCCAGAUGCACCCUGGCGAUGGGCGGCGUCCGAACAGCGAAGCAUACACGGACACCGUCUACCAGGUCGUCGAGUUCUUCUUCUUCUUGACACUGGUGCUCUGUCUGCAGCGACUGCUCUCCCAGCUCGUUGCAUUCGCGUUCCACCGCACGGCAUUCAAGGACCGCAUCGAGGCCGUGUCGGAGACACUUGCCGUGGUCGAGCAGCUGCGGAACCACCGCCCCAAGUCGAAGCGAUCGUCCGGGUUCCGCACGCCGCUGUUCGGCGGAUUCGGGUCGCCCACGGUGGAAAGCAGCCACAAAGACGGGUUCCACUUCAUCAGCUCCAAGUUGAAGGAUCACAAACGCCGCGCGGAAAACGAGAGCGUCGAUGCGGAAGCGCGGGAGGGCUCACCGUCGGGGUCUCGGUCUCGGCCUCUGAGCAGCUACGGAGAUGACCAUAGGUAUCCGCCCUCGCGGGACACUCGCGACGUAACGCUAGUUGGCACGGCAGCCAAGGUGCUGAAGGACGCCGUCCUGCACGACGCCCGGAAUAUCCAAGGAACGGACGCCAUCGCCGACAUGGACUGGAAUGUAACUUCGGCCGCCGAAGCCAAGCGACUCGCACGGGCCAUCUACACAAGCCUGAAAUCCUCAUCGCGCAACUACCUGACCGGAGCCGACUUCCGGCCUGCGUUCCCCACCGCUGAAGCAGCCGAGGCCGCGUUCCGCGUGUUUGAUUCUGACAACAACGGCGACCUGUCGCGUGCGGAGAUCAAAACGACGCUGCUCAAAGUGUACAAGGAACGCAGAUUCCUGGCUCGGUCGAUGCGCGACGUUGGAGCGGCGCUGAGGACCCUGGACCAGCUGCUGUUCUUGUUUGCGCUCGUGAUCCAGUUCUUCAUCAGCUUGAGCGUGUUCGGUGUCAACAUCACGUCGAGUCUGUCCAGUGUGUACACGCUGGGCAUCGGCGCCAGCUUCAUCUUCAAGACGGCUGCUAGCGCGGCAUUUGACUCCAUCAUGUUCCUGUUCGUUACGCAUCCGUUCGACACUGGAGAUCGGUGCAUCAUCGACAACGAGAUCGUCGUGGUCAAGAAGAUGACGCUGUUUGCGACCAUAUUCCAGCGAUCGGAUGGGGCAGAGUCGUACUACUUCAACAGCCAACUUGCAGCAAAAUUCAUCACGAAUGUUCGCAGGAGUGGAAAAACGUUCGAAAACUUGACGAUGCAAGUUGCGUGGCGCACUCCCCUAGCCAAACUAGACGCCCUUGAAACAGCCAUCAACUCCUGGCUGUCGACCGAGCAAAACCGGUGGUUCGUCCCCAGCACGAGUAUCAUGAUACAGAAGGUCGCGUUCCAGCAGUAUGUCGAGUUCACCAUGGCAAUCGGGCACAACGGCACGUGGCAGGACUGGAGCCUGCGUAAUGCUCGUAAAACAGCAUUCCAUGCCGCAGUGCAACACUACUGCCGGGAACUCGGCAUCGACUGCUACCAAGCGCCGCAGCCCGUCAUCUGGGGCGACCCGAAUCUGUCUCUCCCACCAUAUCCGACGCCGGCCAGUCCGCACAGCGGGUACGAGACAGAAGCGGCUGCCAAGAUGGGUAAGUGACGCUUGGCUUCACUCCUCCGGCUUCUUCCGGGCUGUUGAGGGCCAGGACACAUGGCAAAAAAGCAGCUAUGCGCUCGACUGGGGCAGGGGACUGAGGCCUUGGUUGGACCUCGUAAAAGUCAUAAGCAUAGACAAAGUCUUGGACAAGCUACAUACUAAUUUUAGGCACAAUUCGCUACCAAAUGCAUCCACAAAUGAGGCCGA